AGAACUGCUUUGAUUUAAUUUUAACGGGACCCGCAGGGCGUGAAAAAACGGGUGGCGUGAGCAGAACGAGAAAAUCCCUGGUGUGAGACUCUUCCGCGCGGCGCUGCUUGCCGGUUCAUACGCGUUCCCUUGCGUCGGCGAGACUGCAGCAUGAGUGCCGGAGUAAGCUGGAUUUUUCAGCCUGUAUGUAGCCGCUUGAACUGAGCAGAUUGAAAAUAUCGUACAUGCGAGUGACUUUGUGGGGCGCCUCAUGCCACGGUUCUCUCCUUUUAUGGACACUGAACCGGAUGCUCAGACCUGGUCAUCAUCUACCACACGCGUCGGCCCCUGGCGGUCUUCCGCAUGAGAAGCCCACCCAACGCCGGAUCUUUCACUGACUUCUUCGUAGAUGCAUGUCCGUGACUAGGACAUUUUUAUCCGACGUUAGUACGGGGCCUCGAGCGACCGUAGUCCUAAACUAACUUUAUUUCGAGUAGCUAAGUUCUGCCUGAACCUUGCCGCUCGCCGUCCCGAUUCAACGAUGGUGACAGAGUCCCAUUCACACAGUGGUUUGGCAAAGCGGGGCGGAAGUAUUCAUCGUUCUCAAGGCCGUGGAGACGGUCACUCUAACCAGCAACUGCGACAGCUCUUUAACCACAGCCGAACCCGAAGGAUCCAGGGGGGGCCCUCUAUCGUGAGACCACCCGCACCCGCUGUUUCACUUGAUUGUGAGAUGGUAGGGUGCGGUCCAGAUGGAAACAUCAGUGCCCUCGCCCAGGUUUCGAUCUGCGAUGAAAAAGGCGAGGUUCUGCUGGACGAAUUCGUUAUGCCAGACAUGCGAAUCACGGAUUUCCGUCACCACGUCACUGGUCUCUCCUGGAGCAUACUCCGGGACAGAGGAAUUUCUUUUAAUGCGGCUCGUACUCUCGUCACCGAUAUAAUUCGAGGGAAGGUUCUCGUUGGUCACGCGCUUCAGCACGAUCUUCAGGUCCUAGCCCUUGACCAUCCUGUGCACAUGAUUCGUGACACCAGCAAGUACAAGCCGUUGCGCCCGCCCGGCCUUGCCCGAAAUGCUGUGCCUUCCCUUAGGCGAUUGACGAGCCACUGGCUGAAUCGUGAAAUCCAGACAGGAAUACACAAUUCUGUGGAAGAUUGUCGUGCAGCAAUGGAUCUUUAUCGGAAAUUUCAGUCGCAGUGGGAGCGUCAGUUUCUCGCUGUCAAUGAUGCACAGAACAGUCUCACUUCGAUAGAAUAUUUAGAGGAUAAACUUGAUCACGAAUCAGGAACGCUACAGACAGCGAACACACCCGGACAGGCUCCCCGCAAGCGUGCUAGAAGUGACCAUGGUGUUGCCCGUCAGAGAGGCUCUGAAGUGUACGACUCCGAUGACAGCGGCACUUCUGAAGCGGCCACUGUUGUAGCGUCGGAAAGUAGCCACCCUUCCAGCAACGUCAGUGCUCAGGGACGCAAGCGGCAACGAUCUGUGGAAAACGGUGCGCGGGAUGGGGUCAGCGGCUACGAUCGAACUAAGGAUGCAGACGGAUUCCCUGGAAUUGAUCUCUCGGGACUGACGAAGAAGGAAAGAAAGAAGCUGAAGAGAAAGCUUUGUUUAGGACGCCGUGGAUGACUAUUAAAAUUUAUUGGGGUAUCAGCAGCGGCGAUUGCGUUUGGAGAGUUUUUUGACAAGUGAAUAUAUGGGCAGAUUUUCGAUCGUUGCUUCCACAGCGGCAGCUCUCAUGAGACAAACGGGUCGCUGAUUUUCUUCUGGCGUAUCGGGUUACCUGCUCACUAUAGUAAGGUACCAAGCGAACUUCAACUGAUUAAGUGUUUGCUCCGUGUAGCGCCACCCGUGGCAGCAGCGUUGAGCUGGUGUUAUGACACCCUGAAUAUGUGCCAGCUCGUACAAUCGUCUUUUUUUGAGAACAGGAAGUGGCGAGUUGUAUUUGUGCUGCCAUGCUAGACGUUCGAAACAAAAGCUUUCUGCACAUAGGGC